AAAAACAAAAAUUAGUGACACAUAUGUACUGUUUGUUUGAAUGAAUUGUAUGUCAAAUAUUUGUUAAUUAAAUUGUCUGUAAUUUACGAAACAGUUGUGUAUUUGUGUGUCAGUCAUGUCAGACAUUGAGAGUGUGUUAGCCGAAGACAGUUUAGAUUCAGAUGACGAAGAAUACGACGGCCGUUGCAAAGUCGACGGCUACUAUUGUGGUUCAUGUGAUUAUCGGACUGUCGAUCAAAGCAUUUACGAUAAACAUCUGGAGGUCAACGAUCACCUAAAAGGACGUAUUAGGCCAUACAAACCCAAACCAAAAGAGGCCAAACCUAUGACCGUCACUUUGGGCACUAAAAGUCGUCCCAAACGUGCAAAGAGUGGCACAAUUGAUGACAAGUUGGCAUCAAUGCCAACAACAAUCUAUCGCCGGCACCGCAAGAGUGGCCGACAAAGUGUAAAACCUUUACUUUAUGUCCCCGACAUCACCAUUAAAUCAUAUGCCAAACCGUUGACCACAUAUUUGUGUCGUAACUGUAAUUACAUCACAAUUGAUAAGCAAGUGUUUGACGAGCACUUGACCGACAACGACCACCAACCGAUGCCAACCACUACUAUAACACCCGUAUUAGAUGAUUCAAAUGAUGAGACCAUUAAUGAAACUAAAGUCGAAAGCAAUAAAAAGAGCGACAAAUCCAGUAAUAAAACUAAAAAUAAAACCCAAAACAACAAUAAAAAAGUUGAUAACAGACGUGAAAAAUCCAAUACAAAAACCAGAUAUGGUUUGAGACGUCAAACAAAAGGAAGAAAAUAAGUAUUCAAUUAUUUUAAUCAACA